AUGGCGUCCGUCACGUCCCUCGACAAAGAUUUGCGCAAGAUGCGCCUUGAUAAAUACACACCCGCGGCCGCAAACGAGGCCCGCUCAUGGGUCGAAGAGAUUCUAGGGGAACGUCUGUCAUCCUCAGAUCUCCUCGAGGCCCUGAAAGACGGCGUUGCUCUUUGCAAACUCGCGAACCUUGUUCUUCCUCCUCCAGGUGUUAGAUUCAAGCAGUCGGCCAUGCCGUUUGUUCAGAUGGAAAACAUUUCCCUCUUCCUCCGCGCCUGCCAGUCCGCGCCUCUCAACCUCCACCAGCACGAUACGUUCCUCACCGUCGACCUGUACGAGCAGAAGGACCCAGCGCAGGUUCUACAAUGCCUGGGAGCCUUCAGUAGAGCUGCUCAUGCCGCGAACCCACAGAAAUUCCCUGCGCCCAUCGGCCCCAGGAACCGUUCUGAUGCACUGAGCCCACAGGGAACUGGCCCUAUCACACCAGCCGGGUCCCGCAAUCGGGGGGGCUCCGUGACCGGUCAUUCCCCGUCGGCUUAUGCUGCCGCUGUUCCCCACAGGACCGGGGAUUCCGGGUCAGGACGGUGGAGUCCUACCAAGAGUCCUACCACUGGGGGUGGAUCUCCCCGGGCCGUGACCAGCUGGAGCAAGAGAGAGCACGAGGGCUCUACUGCACCGGCAUGGAAUAUUGCACAGUAUGGAUACUUGGGAGGAGCCAGCCAGGGAAAUUUGGGCAUUGCAUUUGGUGGACGACGACAAAUCACGACGGCUGGCCCUCACGUGCCUAACUUGGCCGAGAAAGAGCGGCGUCGAAAGGAACGAGAAGCAGAGGAGGAGCGCCUUCGCCAGGAGGCAGAGGCCGAGGAACGCCGGAGGGCGGCCGAAGAAGAGCGUGCCCGUUUGGAGGAGGAGCGCAGAUGGGAGGAGGAAGCCCAACAACUACGCGAAAAGGAGCGACAGGAGGCCCAGGAGGAGAAGCGACGAUGGGAAGAGGAAGAGCGCCAGUGGAGGAUAACCGAAGAGAAGCGGCGCAAAGAAGAAGAGGACGCCGAGGCUCGCCUAGCCGAUGAUCGACGCCGCACAAGAAGCCGAAGCGACGCCAAGCUGAACGGACAAUUCCUUAGUCAGUACCGCGCUGAGGAAGCUGCAUCACAAGACGGCGCGGCGGAUGGAUACAGGAGCCGAGUCCAAGAGCUGGAGAAGGAAUUGGAGCUCGCGCGGCAACGAGAGGCAGAGUAUGAGCGAGAGCGCCAGGAGAAAGUCCAGAGUCCUCGCGGCGGCGAUGCUAAGCCCAGGUCCCGGUCAAGGGCAGCGGCUCGUGAUACCAAGCCUAGACCUAGAUCCCGGAGCCGGUUGGCAAGCCCUCCAAGCCGACAGGACUCAUGGUCGAGGUCGGAUCGCGAAGUCUUGAGCACCAAGCUUCCCCAACAGCACGACGCAGAACAACAGGAAGCUGUUAUUAUCCCUCCCAGGUCACCCCGUCCCCUUCCCGUGCCAACCACUGCCCAGCAGGUCAAUACACAUCACACGGGCAGCCGUCCGCUCCCUGUACCAACCCCUACUCAGCAAGUCAAGACGCAACACACGGGCAGCCGUCCCCUCCCCGAACCAACUCCUGCUCAGCAGGUCAGGACACACAAUACGGGUGGCCGUGCCCUCCCUGAUCCCAUGGCAUACGCUUCCAAGCCUGCUGCUCCCAAGCCCGCUGCGCCUAAACCUUUCGCGCCGAAGCCUGUUGCACCCAAGCCGGCCUUGCCGAGCCGCACCGACCGAUUCCUCUUCAACAACCCGGCCCCCGCGCCGGUAGCCCCCCAACAGACCUAUUCCCGGGAGCUUGGUGCCACGGCAGAGCGUGACGGCGAGGACCAGCGGCGCGCACAGAGCCAGGCAAAGACCAAGGCGAGCGGAUGGGCGUCCAAGUCGCUGCUAGAGCGCGAGAUGGAGAUGGAGCGCCAAAGACAGCAGGAGUGGGAGGAGGCGCAGAAGGAGACAGCGGCUGCAGUUCGAGACGGCGACGGCGUGGACGGCAUCGGCGGAGGCAUCGGCGGGCGUUGGGAUGUCGGACAGUGGAGCGGUUUCACAGGCGGCGACGGCCAGAACAAGGGCGCGCAAGGCAUCGGGGCCGGCCGGAGACAGAUCGUGGGGCCGAGGCCGCUGCCGGAGCCGAGGUGA